UUCGCCCCAUUUCACAAAGUGCAAACUGAAAUGGACUCGCAGCUCGUGACGAGCAUGAGCGAGGUCGACGAGUUCCGCGUCGAGAAGCAGUCGCCCCGCCGCUGGCAUUCGAAGCGCAUCAUCGGCCUCGUCGGCGCGCUUGUCCUUGUCGGCGCAGUGGUUGGCAUCGUCGCCGCCUCGACGUCCUCGUCCGAGGACGCGGCCAACAAGGUCAGCACGAGCGCGACGAACCUCGGCAUGGCUAUUUGCUACGACACGUACCAAGCCGACCAGAUCGACGCACACUUCACAACGAUCGCGACGCGCUUCUCGGCCAUUCGGUCGUUCCAGACGUGGCUGCCCAACAACGACAACGUCAUUGACGCCGCCGCACGUCACAACCUCUUUGUCUACCCCGGCAUUUGGCUGCGCGGGGCCGACUACGCCCGCGACGUCCAAGCCGCGAUCGACGGCGCGCGGCGACACCCGGGCACGGUCAAGGCCGUCCUUGUCGGCAACGAAGACCUCUCCAACGGCUGGAGCGUAAGCGACCUCAUCGCGAAGAUCAAGGACGUCCGCACCCAGUUUAGCGCCGCGGGCCUCAGAGACAUUGCGAUCGGGACGGUGCAGAUUGACGGCGCGCUCCUCGCGCACCCCGAGGUCGCCGACGUGUGCGACGUCGUCGGUGUCAACAUGUACGCGUUCUUCUCGGGGGCGUCGUACUCGUACACGGACCCGAUGCGCGACACGGACGUGCGCUGGCAGGCGAUCUACGCCAAGUUUGGCAGCAAGGCCGUCAUCACCGAGACGGGCUGGCCCUUUGCGGGCGGCAACUAUGGCCAGCACGUAGCUUCGUACGACAUGGGUGUCUACUACUUCAACGCGUUCCGGGACUGGGCGAGCAAAGGCACCAACGGCGGGUCGCUGCCUGCGUACUUUGUGUUCCACAACAAUCCGGCAAAAGGCGGGUACGAAGCCAACUUUGGCCUCGCGGACGAGACUGGCAAGUGGAAAUUCGAGUUUGCGCCCGUCCGGCCCAUCAUCCCGAGCCCCAACCAGCCAGUGGUCGUGCCAAAUUCGCCCUACGAGUUGCCGUUCUUGCUGCAGACGUCGACGGGCAAGGUCAUUUACGAAAUGAACAAAAACGUCUUUGCCUACGACGAGGCGACGUGCGCCAACGAGCGCUGGACUUACGACCUCGGCACCAACCAGAUCUUUUCAACGUCGAGCGGCCACUGUCUUGACGCCUACUAUGCCAACUCCAAGUACAACGUGCAUGUUUGGCCCUGCGACGCGACGAAUGGCAACCAAAAGUGGACCAUCGACAUCAAGUCGAACCGCGUCGUCCACCUCAAGCACGACAAUCUCUGUCUGGACGUCGACCCGACCAAGGCCGACGCGUCCGUCCAAGUCUGGGCCUGCACUGGCGGCACCAACCAGCAGAUCCGUCUCAACCCGGACUUGCCGCACCUCGGCGUCGCGUCGCGGCAGACCAACAACGUGCUCGUGAGCGAGAACGACAAGGUGUCGUUCCGGCCGCUCAACGGUUCGUUCGCCAACGUCAAAGGCGACGUCAGCGCCGCGUGGACGUUUGUUCAAAGCAAAAACAUGCUCUUGCACGAGGCGAGCGGCAAGUGCCUCGACGGCUACGAGUUCAAGAACGGCGGCGCGGUGCAUCUCUGGCGCUGCGACGAGACCAACGCCAACCAGAAAUGGAUCUACGACAAGGCGUCGCACCAGCUCCACCACGGUGCGCACCGCGAGUUCUGCCUCGACAUUGGCUCGGUCAGCGUCGGUGCGUCGCCCACGCUCUACACGUGCCAUGGCGAGAACGACCCGUUCCUUUCGUACCAGCAGUUUACAUUUGUCAUGUAGUCGAAGGCAUUCGUUUUGGACUUUACAGUUGUUUUUGGCUUUUUGCAAACAAGAAAUUUCCAUUUAUCGAUCGUUGAAUAAACCCAGCUUUGUCAUCGA